CUGCAUGUGUGUGUUUGUGUGAUGCAUGCAGAGACCCUGCCCACCAAUCAGAUCAGCCGUGACCUCCCUCCUCCCGUCUCCUCUCCAUCCAUACGUGCAGGAGGAAGAUGGUUGCCACCGCUGUGGGCCUGUUUUUAAUGUCGUACAUCCUGCUGUAGUCCCACAGGAGAAGAAGCCCUCGGUUCAGAUUCUCAUCUCCAGCUGCAAAAUGCAGCAUCACUCACCCGAGGUCGCCCGUCUGUAUCAGACUGAGUUCAUCCGGAGCGCCCGGGCGGUGGGAGUGCUGUGGGCCGUCUGUUCGCUCUGCUUUGCCGUCAUCGAAGUGGUCAUUCUCAUCCAGCCGUCAUGGGUGGGCACACGAGAACUGCACUACAGGGGCGGGGGUCCGGCUCCUCCGGCAGGGACGCUGGGCCUUUUCGAGGUGUGCUUGGAGUCGGAUUGGCCCGUCCCGGAGUGCCGUGGGUCCCUGCACACCCUGACCCCUCUGCCUGCGUUUCAGUCUUCUGCUGUUCUGGUGUGCAUUUCGCUCACCAUGGUGUGGGCCAGCGUGGGCUGUCUGUGUCUGUUCAGAUUCUGCAAUGCAGCGACCGUCUAUAAGAUAUGUGCGUGGCUACAAUUGACCGCAGGGUUUUGUUUGGCUCUGGCGUGUUUGUUGUUCCCAGACUCUUGGGCUGGUGCUGAGAUGAGAGCUCUGUGUGGAGACCGUGUCAGUAGUUUUUCUCCGGGUAACUGCUCUGUUCACUGGGCCUUUAUUCUGGCCAUGCUGGGGGUGUUGGAUGCCGCUAUACUGGCCACACUGGCUUUUGUACUGGGGAAUCGGCAGGACGCUCUCCUGCCAGAAGAUGCCAAGGAAGGUGAAGUAACUGGACUGUUACUAGCAGCAUAAACCAGAUAUGAGCACUGCUGAUGACAAAAACGUGUGAAGAGAUGCUUCUGUCCUCCCCCUCGUGCAGUCAUCAUCUUCCUGUGAAUUCUGCUUACAUAAGCUGUCCGCAUAGAAACCGUCACCUGGCAACUGCAUCCGAGUAGAUAUCCCUGCAGACCGGAGACCUGCAGGUGGGAGGACACAUUCGAGGGGCUUGCCUAAAGUGUGUUUUAACUAAAUGCUUGCUGUUUCAAGUCUGUUAACAUGACGUUAGUUUAUGUCAAAUUUAUGUUAAUUUUGCUGUGGGAUGGGGUACAGUAUGUUUCUGUAAGAUGAAACAGUCCUGAAAUCGAAGCACCAAUGAUUUAGUGAGAGUCUUAAGCAUUACUGCCACAUAAACCAAUCAAAAUCAUCUGUGAAGCAUGAAGUAAUACGACAAUGCACAUGACAUUAAAUAACCAAUCAAAACCCUUUGGAUAUUUGUACAGCCCACUUGCGACUAAAGUUCCGCCCACUUAUGGCUGGCUCCGCCCUCUGUUUAUAACCAUCUCAGUGCAUCUUCUCUCAUCAGACAGAAGAGGAUCCUUUUGCUCUUGUAAUGAUUGAGCAAAGAAAUGUUAUCAUCACUUUAUCUCUACUGCAUUUCAACUGUAGUUUAAUGUAAUGCAACCCAGACAGCAGAUGACUCUGGGCCGGAUACGCACCGGAGCUGCCGACUCCGGUGCUGAUCCGGACCGGAGUCAUCUGCUGUUUGGCAAUGCGCAUGAAUGUGAUUUUUAUUUUUAUCUUGUUAUCAAAACGACUGUACUGUCUGAUUCCCCUGUUGAAGUCAUCUGGGGUUUUUUUUUUAGGUAUUUUUGUCCUGUGCAUGAAUAUAUAUUUUGAGACAGGAGUUAAGAGAUGUUAAUCUCUUUUGUCAGUUUUAAUGUUUAUUGUUAGCGAGUCUAAACCUUUAUAAAUUGAGAUAUCAUAUGUGACAAUUCUUUAGUUUGUGGAUGAUCUUGAUUGGAAUUAAAGCUGCAUGCAGCUGUGUUGUAAUUGUCUGUA